AUGGAACAAAAGUAUGGGAUUGUAAAUGAUGAUGAGAAAUUGAACGAAUAUAAUGACAGUAUAAGAUAUCGAGAAUACAAGAAAUAUAUAAGAAAUGUUCAGUUGAAUUUUGAGAAGAUAUUAACAGAAUUUAAUGAUAAUAUUAAUAAAUAUGACAAUAGUUAUAAGAAUAGAAUUCCGAAUAAACAAGAAGAAGAUGAGAUAAAUGAAUUUUUAUUAAAAAAUAAGAAAAAAAUACAAGAUUUAGAAUAUUUACAUAAAGAUGGAAUACAAAAUUUAGAUACGAUGAAAAAAUAUUUUAAUAAAUAUAGUACUUAUUCUAUAGAAAUUACAAGAUAUUUUAGUAUAUUUGAUAAAUUUAAAAUACAGUUACAAACUAUGAAAAAUAGUAUGGAUAAAGCAUAUUUUCAUAAUAAUAUAUAUUUAAAAAAAAAAAAAGAAAAUAUGAAUAAUAUAAAUAAUACAUCUAUCUUUGAUGGGAAUAAUAAAAAUAAAAAUAUUAAUAAAAAUAAUAAUAAUAAUAAUAAUAAUAAUAUGAGUCAUGUUUUUAGCGAAAGAAUAGCGUUGGAAAAUUCUCUUAGCGAAUUGGAUAAUAUGUUAUCUGUAGGUGAAAGUACUACAUUUCAAUUGAAACUUCAGAAUAAUAAUAUCAUAAAACAACUUAAAAAAAUGAAUACAUUUAAUAAGUAUAUACCACAAAUACAAAAAAUUCUGAAAAAAAUUAAAUAUUAUAGUUUUAAAAGGGUUAUCAUUUUAUCUAUAACAAUAUCUAUAUGUAUUUUUAUAUUUUGUAUAUUCAAAUUGGGUAAAUGA